AUGGUGAUAUCACUGGUGCCAUACUCUUCAGAUAGAGUAAAUGCAAACUUUAAGAGGCGUAAGAGAUUUAUUAAAGGAAAUAUGUUAGUUUAUACUAGUUCAGAUGAAGAGAACGACUUUGAAACUAGUAAUAGAGAUCCCAACACUGAAUCUCUUAUAUUUGGUAGUUCGAUUAACUUUAAACAUAAUUACUUGGAAAGUCCAACUAGAAGUGACUCUGAUUCGACACUUACUAGGAAAAUAAUAAGGAGAAGGAGACUAAAGAGUGUACGUGAUUCUCCAGAAAAAUCAAGUCUAGAUAAGGAUCUCAAACACCAGAAUGAUUCCAAUGUGACUUUAUCUACAAAGGAAUAUUUGAAUAAUCAACAAUCUUUUAUAGCUGAAAGUAAUGAACUGAUUAUUAAAGAAAGUCAAUCUAGUGAUGAAGAAGUUAUUGGUACUCAUAUUGAAGAAGAUCAAGCGUUAGAGAACUGUUUAAGUAUAGCUAAGCAAAUGAAAAGUGCAAUAAUUGACUUUUUGGGAGGUAGUGAAAAUGAUGAAUUUAAAGAAGAUAUAGAAGCCAAAAUAUCUAAUGGUAGAUGUAGCAUAACGAGGACAAAUGAAUAUAUUAAGAAAAAGGAACUAUGGACAUACAUUGCUACUGAGGAGAGUGAGCUGUUGGAAAAUUUGAAGGAAUAUCAGGUCAUUGGUAUAAUGUGGCUACUUUCUCUACAUAAGAAUAAUUAUAAUGGAAUACUAGCUGAUGAGAUGGGUUUGGGAAAAACUGCUCAGGCUUGCGUACUGCUGCAGUACUUAUUUAAGAGCAUAGGUAUGGUUAAACCAGUUAUAAUAUGCUGUCCGGCUUCAUUAUUGGACAAUUGGGCUAGAGAAUUAAAAACAUGGUCUCCAAAAUUACGAUUUGAGAAGUAUCAUGGAUCUCAAAAAGAAAGAAAAUAUUUAGCUAACAGACUAUUAGAAUUAUAUGAUGAGCACAACGUCAAUGUGAUUAUCACAACUUUUCAGGUGCUUACAAACAAGACAGAUGUGAGCUUAUUUUUUAAACAUUGUGAGUUCUCAUAUCUAAUAGUAGAUGAAGCUCAUAACAUUAAAAAUCCAUCUUCUCAACGUUAUAAAUUUAUGAAUACAAAGAUAAGAGCAGAUAGAAGACUUUUACUCACAGGUACACCUAUUUCAAAUUCAGUCUCUGAGUUAGAAAAUCUCCUGGCAUUUUUAAUGCCAAAAUUUUUUAGUCAAGACAUCCUUAGCGAUGCAAUUAAGUCAUACAAAAGGAGAUUAUUAAGAUAUAAGGAAUAUCAAGAUACUUCUAAAGUUCCCAAUUUAAUUAGUGAAUCUUUGGAUACUCCUGUAGGUAUAACGAAUUCUUCUGAAAUUCUCUUUUUGCAGGAAAUUAUUUCACCAUUUGUACUAAGACGAACAAAGCAGGAUGUACUUUCACUUUUGCCUAAGAAAACAGUCUACAUUGAGUUUUGUGAUUUGACAGAGAAACAGCUACAGCAAUAUCAAUCUCAAUUUGCUAAUGCUUCUAUAAAUGUCAAUAAUGAACAGAUUAAAGACACAAAUCAACUAGAAUUUUUGAAAUAUUUGUCUUUAGAGAUUGAAAAGAAAGUCACGAAGAAUGUCUAUACAAUGGGUAAUAAUCAUGAAGAUAUAGAUUUGAACGAUUAUAAUAAAACUAAAAACUCUUUACUAGAUCAAAUACAUGUGGGGAGAUGUCAUCCAAAGAUAGAAAGUAGUAGUUCAAAAGAACUAAAUAUUGAUGGAAACUUACUUCUUGCUUCAUCUUCAUAUGAUCCUAAGUAUGUUAACUCAAUAAUAUUCAGACUUAGGAGGAUAUGUAACCAUCCACUUCUACAUCAAGGUCAUUUUAAGAAGGAAGAAAUUGAUGACUUAAUUUCAUAUUUGAACGAAAAUAUUCAAGGUUAUAAGGAGUAUCCCCGAAGUAGGGUUGAGCAACAUAUAAAACAACUCUGUGACUAUGAAAUACAUCAAUUAGCACUUGAGAAUUCACAAAACAGCAACACGAAUUUUUUUGAUAAAUACUUAAUUAAAGAUGAAUUGGUGCUAGGUGAUAGCUGUAAACUUAUAAAGAUGCAUCAAAUUAUUGAAAAGAAAGUGAUCAGAAGGGAGAAAUGUCUUGUAUUUUGUCAUCAUACAAUGCUUCUGGAUAUAGUUGAGGAAUAUAUAAAAUUGAAAUUUGGAGAUAAGACAGAUUUUUAUAUUCGACUUGAUGGUACUACACCUAUAGAUACAAGACAAAAACUUGUUGAACAGUUUCAGACAUCUUCAUCUACCCUCAUAUUCCUUUUGUCUACUAAGGCAGCUGGUCAGGGACUAAAUUUGACUGCUGCUUCUACAGUAAUAAUGAUGGACAUUGACUAUAAUCCUCAAAUUGAAAGACAAGCUGAAGAUCGUGUUCAUCGUUUGGGACAAAGUAAGGAUGUCUCUAUCUUUAAACUUAUUUGUAGGAAUUCGAUAGAAGAGGAUAUACUUAAAUGUUGCGAAUCCAAACUUUCUUUAGACGCAGCAUUUGGGGGGAGUGAAACUAUAUACCUAAAGGAUAAAUAG